AGAAAGAAAGAAAGAAAGAAAGAAAGAAAGAAAGAAAGAAAGAAAGAAAGAAAGAAAGAAAGAGGGAGGAACGGAAGGAAGGAAGGAAAGAAGGAAGGAAGGAUAGAUGGAUAAGCAAAUAGAUUGAUGGUUGCGUGGACAGAUGGGCAGAUAAAUACAUAAAUAAUAGAAACAUGGAUGGAUAGGCAGAAAAUGAAAUAAAUGGGCAGAUGGAUAGAUAUGCACAUAUAUUUGUAUAAUGGUUUUCAGAAAGUUGUAGUUCUUGGGACAUUGGACUACAAAUCCAGAGACCUGGGUUCGAAUUCCUUUGGAAACCCCAUUGGGAGACCUCGGGAGAAAGAAAGAAAGAAAGAAAGAAAGAAAGAAAGAAAGAAAGAAAGAAAGAAAGAAAGAAAGAAAGAAAGAAAGACAGAAAGAGAAAGAGAAAGAAAGAGGAAUGAAAUGAACGAAAGAAACGAAAGAAAGAAAGAAAGGAAAAAAGGAAAGAAAGAAAAGAAAGGCUCACAGCAACAAAGAUGAUAGGUAGGCAGGUAGGAUAUAUGGAUGGAUGGGUGGAUAAGAAAGAAAAUAGACAAGAUAGAUGGAUGGACGGACAGAUAGACUGAAGGAGAAAUGAACAGAUAAACAGAGGGAUGGACAAAUAGAUUGGUGGAUGGGAGGAUAGAUGGACAGAUAAAUACAUAUACAUAUAGAGGGCUUGCAAAUAUUGCAGGGGAAAUGCACACACACACACACACACAGAUUUCUAGAUAAACAUAAAUAUAUAGGGCUUGCAAAUAUUGCAGGAGGGAAAUGCACAUAUAUAGAGAGAGGGGUUGCAAACAUUUCAGGGGAAAUGCAUAUGUGAAAUUAGUCUAUAUAAUUAUAGAUCUAUAUCUAGCUCUGCAUUGUUUAUAUAGGCAUUGAAUGUUUGCUGGUUACUAUGUUGGAAGCCAGCCUGAAUCCCCAUGGGGAGAUAGGACAGGGUACAAAUUAAGUUUAUUAUUAUUAUUAUUAUUAUUAUUAUUAUUAAGUUAUUGUUAAUAGCAUAUUGUUUUUGUUGACCCUACCUUUCCACUUACAGGGAUAGUUUACUGUUUUUCUUUGAAAUGCGGUAAAUAUUCAAAAACCUUCAACCUACUGAUGCCUCAAUAUAAUUUCAUUGGGAUCUAUUUUCGUUUUGCAAUUUACCAGUAGCUGCUGCAUUUCCCACGCUCGGCUUAUUCUCAAGUCAGUAAGUCCCCCCAGUUUUUUGUGGUAAAAUUGAGUGUCUCGGCUUAUACUCGAGUAUAUACAGUAUAUAUCUAUAUAUGUAAAAGAAUGAUGGAAUCAGGGCACCGGACAAAACAAGAAAACUACAGGCCCCCCCAACCUCGAAAUUUGACAACACAACCCAUCAUCCACGGCUCUAGGUUGAUACAAAAAAAACAAAAGAAAAAUAAAGUCCUAAUUAGAGAGAGAGGAAUAAUUGCUUUUAUCCAAUUGCUGCCAGUUAGAAGGCUAAGCUCCUCCAACUUGGUCUCCUAGCAACCCAAUAAAAAAUAAUAAAAAACACGAAAAAAUAAUUAAAAACACUAAAAAAUUAAUACAAUAAAAUACUAUAAUAACAGAAAAUAACUAAAAAUAAUACAAAAAAAUAAUAAAAUAUAAUAAAUAAAAAGAUAACUUACAAUAAAAUUAAUUAAAAAAAAUACAAAUAACGUCAAAUAAAAAUUACACAACAAUUUUUAACCAAUACCACCACCACUUUGCCACAGCAACACGUGGCCGGGCACAGCUAGUUUAUAUAUAUAUAUAUAUAUAUAUAUAUAUAUAUAUAUAUAUAAUGCCUGUACUAGUUUCUCUAUAGAAUACUUUGUCCCUGGCCUUUGAGUGCCAUCUGGCCCAUUAUCUCCUGGAGAGAGAGAAAUGCAGACAAGGCAUUUGUUGCUGUUCGCAUCCCAUCUCCCAUCCAUUAGCCGCACAUGCAUUAUCCGCACAUGCUUUCCAUGCGCCGAGAGGUAUGAAGAAGGAUGAUCAAGCUGUAUUUUAAAUGGAGCAGCAGCAGGAAGAAGGAGAGAGAACUAAAUGGAUGUUUUGUUACAGAUGUUUGUACAACAGCCCUUAAAAAGGCAGGCUCUAGGACCCUGGGGACACCUCUGCCUUGUAAUGGAUUCAUAUGGGAUGCACCUGCUGCAAGGAGUGGGUUUGCUUUCUUUUGCAAAAGUAACUUCUUGCCUCUCUCCAGUUUGGAUUUCCUAUCUGGACUGAGCAUCAGAGCAACUAUUUUCCCUAAAUCUCAAAAGAAGUUGCAUUGGUGCCGUUGAAUAAAAGGAAAGCAAAGCUUUUGUAGAGCGAUGGGUUGCGCUUUGUCUGGCGCACAGGAUCCCCCCGUUUCGGAAGAGUGCUCCCCCCUUGACGAUGGGUUAGAUCUGAAUCGGGAAACCACACUGGGAAGCAAUGGGAGAACUACAGAGCCCUUCCCGCUUUCAGGGGCACAGAAGAAGCUGAUCCGAGGGUCCUGGGAAAUCCUGCACAAAGACAUUGCAAGAGUGGGGAUCAUUGUCUUUAUCAGGCUCUUUGAGACCCACCCAGAAUGCAAGGAUGUCUUUUUCCUCUUCCGUGACAUCGACGACUUCCAGCAGCUGAAGAUGAGCAAAGAGCUGCAGGCUCAUGGCCUCCGGGUCAUGUCUUUCAUUGAGAAGAGUGUGGCACGAAUGGACCAGGAACCGAAACUUCAUCACUUGGCCUUCGAAUUGGGCAGGAGCCAUUGCCGGUAUAAAGCGCCUCCCAAAUAUUAUGAGUACAUUGGGAUCCAGUUCAUCCAAGCUGCCCAACCCAUCUUGAAAGAGGCCUGGACCCCAGAGACCGAGAAGGCCUGGGAGGGCUUGUUCCAAUACCUGGCGGCAACUAUGCGGAGAGGCUUCUAUAAAGAACAGAAGGCAACGGGCAAGAAUUAGCCCAGAGACCACAACUGAAGACCAUUUGCAAGCCUCCAUCCUGCAUCUGGUUUAUCCGAGGAUCAGAUCGCCUCCACCUUUCCUACAAUCCUGCUCCUAUUUCCCAAGGGCAAGUUUUCUUUUUCUAGCAAGGCACAUCCUUGACCAGGAUGGCCAAGAGUUGAACAUCUGAUCUUCACCCAUCAUAUCAGGGCUACCAACACAUUCGUCUCAUCGGCUUCGGUUGCAAUUUACAGUCUGUGGUUAUGGAAAUCUAGGCCUUUUGGGGUGUUUUAGGGAUGAAAAAAGGAAAGCAGAAGGAUUUGCGUGAGGUCAAUAGGAUGAUUAAAAAUAGUCCUUAGCCUGAUUAAUAAUUUAAGAUCUUAUGUAUAUGUAUAUAUAGACACACAUACAUAUACAAAUAUGGUAGAGUCUAACUUAUCCAACAUAAAUGGGGCCAGCAGAAACUUGGAUAAGCGAAUAUGUUGGAUAAUAAGGAGGGAUUAAGGAAAAGCCUGUUAAACAUCAAAUUAGGUUAUGAUUUUACAAAUUAAGCACCAAAACAUCAUGUUAUACAACAAAUUUGACAGAAAAAGUAGUUCAAUACAUAGUAAUGCUAUUCAGUAAUUACUGUAUUUACGAAUUUAGCAUUAAAAUAUCAUGAUAUAUUGAAAACAUUGACUACAAAAAUAUUGACUACUAAAAGGCAGACUGCGUUGGAUAAUCCAGAAUGUUGGAUAAGCGAAUGUUGGAUAAGUGAGACUCUACUGUAUAGGUAUGUAUGUAUAUGUUUGUCUGUUUGUACCGCAAAGGCUGUUGCUAGGUGAAGUGGCCCUCUGUAAUGUCACUGGAUUGCAUCUAGGUGAACUGUCCCCCUGUGAUGACACUGGAUUUUUUUGUUGCUAGGUGAGGUGGCCCUCUGUGAUAACACUGGAUUGCCUGUUGCUGGGUGAAGUACCCCUCUGUGAUGCCACUUGCUCUGCUGUUGCUAGGUGAAGUAGCCAUCUGUGAUGCCACUGGAUUCAGCUGUUGCUAGGUGAAGUGGCUCUAUGUGAUGUCACUAGGUUGCCUGUUUCUAGGUGAAGUGGCCUUCUGUGAUUCCUCUGGAUUUCCUGAAGAUUGCUAGGUGAAGUGGCCCUAUGUGAUGUCACUGGGUUGCCUGUUUCUAGGUGAAGUGGCCCUCUGUGGUGCCACUGGGUUCCCUGUUGCUAGGUGAAGUGACCCUCUGGCAUGUCACUGGAUUGGCUCUAGGUGAAAUUCCCCCCUGUGAUGACACAAGAUUGCUAGGUGAAGUGGCCCUAUGUGAUGUCACUGGGUUGCCUGUUUCUAGGUGAAGUGGCCUUCUGUGAUUCCUUUGGAUUUCCUGUUGCUAGGUGAUAUGACCCUCUGGCAUGUCACUGGAUUGCCUAUUGCUAGGUGAAGUGGCCCUCUGUAAUGUUAUUGGAUUGGCUCUAGGUGAAGUGUCCCCUUGUGAUGACACUGGAUUGCCUGAAGAUUGCUAGGUGAAGUGGCCCUAUGUGAUGUCACUGGGUUGCCUGUUUCUAGGUGAAGUGGCCCUCUGUGGUGCCACUGGGUUCCCUGUUGCUAGGUGAAGUGACCCUCUGGCAUGUCACUGGAUUGCCUAUUGCUAGGUGAAGUGGACCUCUGUGGUGCCACUGGGUUGCCUGAAGAUUGCUAGGUGAAGUGGCCCUAUGUGGUGCCACUGGGUUGCCUGUUGCUAGGUGAAGUGGCCCUCUGUAAUGUCAUUGGAUUGGCUCUAGGUGAAGUGUCCCCCUGUGAUGACAAUAGAGUGCCUGAAGAUUGCUAGGUGAAGUGGCCCUCUGUGAUGACACUGGGGAAGAAGGGAGGUGAAAAAGACGGGAAGGGAAGGUUAAGGAAGAAAAAGGAGGGAAGAAAGAAAGAGAAAGCCAUUCAGAGUAAAACUUGGAGCGGAUUUUCUGUGCUGCAGAUAUGUAAGACAUCCGUCCGCUUCAGUUCUGACACUUUAUUUUGGAUUGUAAUUCUUAUUAAAUAUUAUUAAGCCAUC